AUCUGCAACUGGCUCGAUGGUGUCAUCCUGGUUUUUAGUCUGGAAAACGAAGCAAGUUUCCAGGAUGUGUACAAGAACUACAGUGAGCUAAGCGCAAAUCGUAACAUAGCAGAAAUCCCCAUUAUAGCGGUCGGAACGCAAGAUAAGAUCAGUAGCACUAACGCCCGUGUGAUUGAGGACAAGAGGGUCCAGCAGCUGUGUAUAGAUGUGCGUCGCUGCACUUACUAUGAGACCUGUGCCACCUAUGGACUUAAUGUGGACAGAGUGUUCAAUGAAAUGACUCACAAGAUUGUUGGCAAGAAGCAAGCCGCCCUUCUGGCAUCCUGUAAAUCUCUCCCAAUCCCGAGUCACUCAGGGGCCUCGACUCCUCUGUCAGGGCCCGGACAGGCCAGUAAUGGGGGUCAAAGUAGUGAUUACCCCUCCUCUUUGCCUUCUACCCCUGUGAUAAGUCACAAAGACAUACGGGGUGGGGCAAGUGGAGACGGGGGCUCGCAACGAAAUCCGCCCCGACGACGGACCUCUUUAUUUGCGAACCGUCGUGGGAGUGACUCUGAGAAAAGAGCUUCAGACAGUAGAAGUGACAUGAGCAGUCGGUCGGUUCCUAUCAAACAGGGAACUUUGUGGAAACGGAGUGAACGCUCUUUAAAUAAGGAGUGGAAGAAGAAGUAUGUGACGCUGUCAAACAACGGGAUGCUGAUGUAUCAUUCAAAUUUAAACGAGUUUAUGCAGAAUGCUCAAGGGAAAGAGAUGGAUUUAUUGCGGGUAACAGUAAAGGUGCCAGGAAAGCGUCUUCAUCGCGCUGUCACUCCCGGUGGGCCGUCCCCUGGCCCGGCUCUUGUCCCGGUGCCAGGUGUAAAUGGACUUAGUAAAGACAAGCAGUCAUCUGAAGGGGGCGCUACAUCAAAUCUUCUGACUGUAGAAGAGGCAUCCAGCACUGGCUUGUCUUUUCAUAAUGAUCAAAGAGUGAAACGUUGCCCGUCAUCUGUGUCUAAUAAAGGCUUCAGUGUGGAGUCUAGCAUUGAGGGGGCUACAAGUCCUCCCUUAGGAAAAGAACACAUCCCGUCCUCUCCGAUGACUGACAGGAAGAAGAAAAAACGAAACAGAAGUAUUAACCUGAAAGGAGACGCAGCGGCUGGGCAGGCUGAGGCCAAGCGCAAAAUGUGGAAAUUAAAAAGCUUUGGUAGCUUGAGAAACAUUAACAAAACAGAAGAAGAGAGCACGGACUUCAUCAUCAUAUCGAGCACAGGACAGAGCUGGCAUUUUGAAGCCCAAAGUCAAGAGGACAGGGACGCCUGGGUUCAGGCCAUCGAAAGCCAGAUCCUUGCAAGUCUACAGAGCUGUGAGAGCAGAAAUAAGGCUCGAAGGAACAGCCAAAGUGAAGCUGUUGCCUUGCAGGCCAUUCGAAACGCCAAAGGCAACGACCUCUGUGUGGACUGUGCAGCACCAAAUCCAACAUGGGCGAGUCUUAAUCUUGGUGCUCUGAUCUGCAUCGAGUGUUCGGGGAUACACCGGAACCUGGGGACGCACCUGUCCCGUGUGCGCUCGCUAGACCUGGACGACUGGCCCAGUGAACUCACAAAAGUGCUUUCGGCUAUAGGCAAUCACAUGGCCAACAGCAUUUGGGAGACCUGUACCCAAGGGUGCCAGAAGUUGACACCUGAGGCAACAAGAGAGCAGAGGGAGUCGUGGAUCCGUGCCAAAUACGAACAGCGGGCAUUUGUGUCGCCCUUGCCCGCUCAGUGUUCAGAGGACACAAUGUCGACUUGGUUGCUUAGAGCAGUAAUCGACAGAGACCUUCCCAGACUUCUGCUGCUCCUCGCGCACAGCACCAAGGACCUGAUCAACAUCGCGCCUGAAGGAGCUGGGCAGCAGCAUCACAGCGCAUUACAUGCGUCCUGCCAGCUGGGCGACGUGGUCAUGACACAGCUGCUGGUCUGGUACGGCAGUGAUGUGAAGUCAAAGGAUCCACAAGGUCGAACCGCACUGACGUUGGCGCGCCAAGCCGGGAGCAAAGAGUGUGCUGAGAUUCUUGUCCAGCACGGCUGUCCCAGUGAGACGUCACCCACCUCCCCGACUCCUGUCCUCUCCCGCAAAAGUAGCAUCACGAGUGUCGGACGUGUCAAUUCCAGGAGGAGGGUCUCGUAACCCAUGAACGUUCAUGAUCACAUAAACAUUUUCAUCAGGGCCAUUUUUAUUUCUUCAUACAGAGUUGUGUGUUCUGUGCGUCUGUGAAUCCCCCCCUGAAUGUCGGCAACAACGCUGUAUUUAUAUACGUAUAUCCUUGCGGAUUCCUCAGAAAAGGGAAAAAGAAAAAAAGAAACUCAUAAUUGUCCUUAUUAGAAGGCUUAGAAUGACAGCUACAAAAUUUCAACAUGCCUUUUGAAAGGAAACGGAAGCUGUUUUACCAACUAAAAAGCAAUAUUAUUAUUUAUAAUAUGCUGAUUAAUAUGUAUUAUUGAUGCAUUACAUGGAAAAAUGUAGCUUGAGAGUUUCCCAAAGCAAUCUGAGGGAAUGUAUUUACCAUUAUGACUGUCAUUACCAUUGUUCUUUAAAAUAGAAAUCAUGGCUGAGGGUAAUGUAAUGUAAGAACAUGUUUAUAUCCAGACUCCAGAAGAAAUAGUAUUUGUCAUUGUGCAUCAUUUCUAAAUAAUAUAGACAAUAAACUCUGAUCUUCAACCUCU